CUUCCCGGCAGCAGGGCCGCAGCUCGCAGAUAAAACAAGGCAGUUCAUCUAACAGAUGAAGUGAUGACUGUUCUUCUCCAACAGGAUCUGGACAUAGCACAAGUAAAAUUAGGUCAACCAUAACAUGGUGUCCAAUCAAGCCAUCCAAGCUGCCAUAGAUCUUACUGCGGGAGCUGCAGGUGGGACAGCAUGCGUUCUGACCGGACAGCCAUUUGACACCGCCAAGGUGAAGAUGCAGACGUUCCCUAAUCUGUACAGGGGCCUUACAGACUGUGCAGUGAAGACGUACAGACAAGUGGGGUUCAGGGGCUUCUACAAGGGUACCAGUCCGGCUCUUCUUGCCAAUAUAGCUGAAAACUCUGUGCUAUUUAUGAGCUACGGUUUCUGUCAGAGAAUUGUGAGGCGGAUUGCUGGUUUGGAGAACAAUGCAGCACUAAGUGAUCUCCAGAAUGCAGCAGCAGGGUCAUUUGCCAGCGUUUUUGCUGCUCUAGUUCUGUGCCCGACAGAGCUGGUGAAAUGUCGUCUCCAGGCCAUGCAUGAGCUGCAGGUGUCAGGCAGGAUAACACAUGGACAAAAUACAGUGUGGGCCGUGGUGAAAGGCAUUGUACAGCGUGAAGGUCCUCUGGGCUUCUAUCAAGGUCUUACAAGCACAAUCUGCAGAGAAAUACCAGGAUAUUUCUUGUUCUUUGGUGGAUAUGAGUUGAGCAGAACUUUUUUUGCCUCAGGUGGAAAGUCAAAGGAUGAGCUUGGUCCCGUUGCCCUGAUGAUAAGUGGCGGAUGUGGAGGGAUUGCCCUUUGGCUUGCCGUCUACCCAAUGGACUGUAUCAAAUCUAGGAUUCAGGUUCUUUCGAUUACAGGGAAGCAAGAUGGUUUCAUGGGAACAUGCUCAAGCAUUGUGAAAAAUGAAGGCAUAUUGGCAUUGUAUUCGGGGCUGAAGCCCACUCUGAUUCGUGCAUUCCCAGCCAAUGGUGCUUUGUUCCUGGCCUAUGAGUACAGCAGGAAGCUGAUGAUGCGGCAGGCGGACUCGCUCUGAUCUUCAGAUCACCUUGUCAGCAGAGCUUCUCAUCACCUCAGGGCUAAGUGUACACUAUGAACAUCUUUCUUGAAGUUGUCACUCAUGUGACACAUGGCGGCCGGCGGCGGAUAACCACUGGUAUCUGCAGUCAUUAUUUAGCAAACAAUAUUCUGUUUCUGAUUGUGCCGGUCAUAUAGUCGCGGUAUGACACUGACCAGUGAAGCUAAACUGUAUACUGGGAGCCCAAGUGGUUACAUAUCAUUGAUUGGAAACCUCAGCUGCUGCCAUUGUCACCUUCCCAAAAAAAAGUGGACCAUAAUUUCUGGGUUAAUCCAACAUUUGUGUACCAUGAUUUUAGAAGAAUGAUGCUAUGGGAAGAAUAGGAUGAUCUUUAUAAGGCCUCCUGCACGAAUGUGUGCUGCCCUUGCUGCGGACCGCA